GUGGCUAUCUCGGCCCCGUGGAUCCCUCCGCUCGUGCUUGCUUCGCUGAGGCCGAGGAGCCGCCAUUUUGGAUGCCGAACCCUGAUUCUGAAGUCGGUGUCUGCUGUGUUCACGGCAGGAUUCGGUUAGGAGGAACAGCACAGCAUGCUGGGCUCUGGAUUUAAAGCUGAGCGCUUAAGAGUGAAUUUGAGAUUAGUCAUAAAUCGCCUUAAACUAUUGGAGAAAAAAAAAACGGAACUGGCCCAGAAAGCGAGAAAGGAGAUUGCUGACUAUCUGGCUGCUGGGAAAGAUGAACGAGCUCGGAUCCGUGUUGAGCACAUUAUCCGGGAAGACUACCUCGUGGAGGCCAUGGAGAUCCUGGAGCUGUACUGUGACCUGCUGCUGGCUCGGUUUGGCCUUAUCCAGUCUAUGAAGGAACUAGAUUCUGGUCUGGCUGAAUCUGUGUCUACAUUGAUCUGGGCUGCUCCUCGACUCCAGUCAGAAGUGGCUGAGUUGAAAAUAGUUGCUGAUCAGCUCUGUGCCAAGUAUAGCAAGGAAUAUGGCAAGCUAUGUAGGACCAACCAGAUUGGAACUGUGAAUGACAGGCUAAUGCACAAGCUGAGUGUGGAAGCCCCACCCAAAAUCCUGGUGGAGAGAUACCUGAUUGAAAUUGCCAAGAAUUACAAUGUACCCUAUGAACCUGACUCUGUGGUCAUGGCAGAAGCUCCUCCUGGGGUAGAUACAGAUCUUAUUGAUGUUGGAUUCACAGAUGAUGUGAAGAAAGGAGGCCCUGGAAGAGGAGGGGGUGGUGGGUUCACAGCACCAGUUGGUGGACCUGAUGGAACGGUGCCAAUGCCAAUGCCCAUGCCCAUGCCAUCUGCAAAUACGCCUUUCUCAUAUCCACUGCCAAAGGGACCCUCAGAUUUCAAUGGAUUGCCAAUGGGGACUUUUCAGGCCUUUCCCAAUAUUCAUCCACCUCAGAUACCAGCAACUCCCCCAUCGUACGAAUCUGUAGAUGACGUUAAUGCUGAUAAGAAUAUCUCUUCUGCACAGAUUGUUGGUCCUGGACCCAAGCCAGAAGCCUCUGCAAAGCUUCCUUCCAGACCUGCGGAUAACUAUGACAACUUUGUCCUACCAGAGUUGCCAUCUGUGCCAGACACACUACCAACUGCAUCUGCUGGUGCCAGCACCUCAGCAUCUGAAGACAUUGACUUUGAUGAUCUUUCCCGAAGGUUUGAAGAGCUGAAAAAGAAAACAUAGGUCUCUUAAACCAGGCAACUUUCACAUUCUGGGAGUUGAGACUGAGCAAUUUCUCCUUGUAACAAAGAAUCUCCAUGAAAUUCCGUUUCAUCUGUUAACCGUCACUGAGCACAACACUCCUCCUCUGGGCUCUCUUCCUGCUCCUCCAGAUUCUGCUGCUUUCCAGUUCUCUGUUGAUCCUGAGACUAACAACUGGAGACUGAGGCUGGAGCAUCUGACUCCUGGCAGCUGUGCUUGUCCGUUUCCUGUCAGAGUGAUCCCAGGUUUCCUCCUGGCCCGUCCCAUGGUCCCUCCACAGGAACAUGAGAGGAUGAGGAAGUACUGUGGGGAGACCACCAAAGAUGGCUGGACAGUGGGAGAGCACGUCAUGAAACAUCCCAGCCUCGUGUUGAGGUUUCAGACUUAGAAACAAACCUCUCUGUACAGGGAGAUUGUGAGUGAGAAUCAAGGCCACAGUGUGUGUUUUCUCACUCUCGAAGGCAAGUGGGAGAGAGAAAGUGCCUCAGGACACCAUUGUAACUGUUCCUGGAAGCUGGGCCCUCUCAUUGGCAUAUACACUACUCCUCGCCGCAGGACACUGUCCCACCGGGAUCCAGUUGCAAAGUUUGUCUCCACAGUUGAAGGCCUCGCUUAGUUGUACUGGAUUCUCAGGGAGCCCUCUGUGGCCUUUUUGCUUUGAGUGCUGUGUUUCCCUUGUACCAGAGGGCGGCACUGUGGAAAUUGUUUUCCCCGUAGAAUAUUCUGUUGGAUUGCAUUACUGGCAGAGAAAGGACAAGUUGCCAUUCAAGUCUAGGGUGGGCUUCCAGCUGCCUUAAUAGAAGUACUCAAGUCUUUUGGGUAGAGCUGGAAAGUCUACAGGAAAAGAGGGGUACCUGUUUUCAUUUGAAAACUUUGAUUCAUGGAACCUUUAAAACUAAUCUCAGAUAAAUUUUUGGUGCCCAUGUGGCUGUAGUUGUUCACUGCUUUCCUGGAUGGAUGGGACUCUCAUGUUGUAACUUCUGUACUCCUUUGGCCCAUAGCUAAGGUCAUCCUCCCCCACAGGGGUGGCUUUGGGAUUGGAUGAUACAGCUUUUGCUUCUGUGUAGUAUACCUGUACAUACCUGCUUCAGGCAGCCUUUAAUGUUUUCAGUUGGUUUGUAUUCUGUAGCUCAGUAGCUGCUAAUAAAGUUAAAGAUCCUGUG